AUGUUCUUCUCGAAGUCUACUCUCGUGCUCUCAUUCCUGGCACUGGGCAACAUUGUCGCUGCUGCGCAGACACCUGCCUGCCUUCUCUCGGUUGUAGGAGCCGAGAAGAAUCCCGCCGACCUCAAGGCUGUCUGUAUUACGAAUGGCGAUGAUGUGCAGAAAAAGAUCGCGGACACUUGUGGUGAUAAUGAGCAAGCAGCCCUGACGUGGUUCGCUGAUACCUGCAACGCUGCAGGCCACAAAGUUGUUAUCAAAUCCUCUACCACUUCCUCGGAAUCUGCUACCGGUACUUCUACUAAGGGCUCGGCAUCUAACACCGGUAUCGUCACUGCUACUGCCACUGGCUCUUCUAGCUCUGGGAACAGCAAAUCCGGAACUUCUAGUUCCAGCGCUGCGUCCACUUCCCAGACCGUCUCAGCUGGCUCGUCUGAUCGACAGGUCUCCGCAGCAGCCUUUGCGGCUGUCGUCUUCUUCGGCUUUGCUGCGUCCUUGUAG